AUGAUGAAUUAUUCACCUUCAAGCCCGGAAAUGAGUCCACAUAAGCAAAAUCUUGAUACAUUGUCACCCUUAUUUGACCAAAUUUGGGACUCUACCAUUCAGGACACAUCAUGUGUCCCCACUCAAGACUUGAUAAAGUUGGCACAAAAAUUGGUUAAGGUGCAAACUGGCAACAAUGAUUUGGAACAACCGGGUGAAGAAGAAUCCCUUCUUUCGAAUCCAUUGAUGGAUACAAAGGUUACCGAAAAAUGUAAAGGCAAAGUGAAACUUUCCAAAGCGGAGACCUGGGACAUUUUGCGUCAAUUAUUGCAAGACAAGUCCGAUUCGGAAAUGGAUAAUUUGAAAGCGUUUCUGUCACACGAAGAAAUAGCAAUGCACCUGCCAGAGUCUUUACCGGAUGUAAACGAUGGAGAUAUUUCCAAUGAUGAUUUAGAUGAAGGUGCUGAUUCCGAUGAGACCUCAUCGUUGAUGGAACUUCAAUAUACACUGCAACUGCUGGUACCAAUUCCAGCACCAUUACUGCAGCCGCCUGUUUUAACCGCAUCGCCGUAUGAUGAUGUUGUUGGACUAUGCUAUAUUGACCACUACUUGAAUGGUACAUUACGAAAAAACAUGGCAAUCGAAUACAAAAUUCAGCAAACAUUAGGACAAGUUAUUGAUGAAGUUGCGCAGCUACACCUACAAGUAGAUAAGUCAUUUUCCCUCAUAAAAGACAAGUUGGACAAACUCAAGCUAAAGAGCUCGCGAGAAUCACAGAAGUUGAAUAUGUUGCACCAUGAUUCAGAUUUCAUGCAUAGCCGAGUCACUCACAUGCAAAGAGAAGUAAAAACGAUUAAAGAAAACAGCAAACUAAAUACCAAAGUAAAGCGUGUCGUUUCAUUUAGUGAUUGCUGUGAAGUUAUACCCGUUUCAGAUAAACUACCGCCAGUCAAAACAUUAAGCGGACUGCUGUUGCGUGCUGCGCUUCAUCAACAAAGAGGAGCAUCCUAUCAUGACGCAGUUGCCCUUUCUCCCUUACAGAGUAAACGACGCGGUGUGCUCCUUCACAAUGCUCCUGCUCUCAAGGCAAACACUCUGGUAGUGAAGCCUACUGCUUUUGAAUUUGAUUCUGAUGAUGAUGCUCUGGAAGUAUUGAACAAUGACGAUAUGGAACCUUAUAGAAUUUCAAGAGAGGGAUCAUGGCAGCAUUUGUCAUCUCAAUAUGCACAUCCGCAUAGUCCUGCCAGCCCUUAUUACAAAGAGCCGCAAGAUUUUGCAUCACCAAAGAGAGAAACAUCAGUGACUCCACCCCAAACUCCUAACUCUGAAACCAAUGACGAUUCAGAUGAACCAAUCAAGAUUCAAUACAUCUUGUUUAUUCUUUUGCUUUAUUUUUACAAUAAGUUGCAUAAUUAUUGCCGAUCUAAACUUAGCUAA